ACAAUAAAUAAUAAUAAUAACAACGAAAAAAUAAUAAUAUUAAUUAUUAAUUAUUUCUCGCGACGAUGUCGAUGUGUAAAUGAAACGGUACGGGCCGUGUCCGAGUCAUCUCCGAUUCCGUUCGAUUUCAUUAUUUCGCGUUGGCGGUUCUCACGUCAACUCACCACCAUGGUAGUCGGCUGUUCGGGUCACUGUAGUUGAGUGUAGUAGAAAGUGCGACACGAACGUUUUUUUGUGCCGACCCGUUUGGCGGCCGAUCUACGACCGACGUUACGUCGUUGCCGGUGUCGUCAAACGAUAUGAUUUGUGUGCAGGGCCAGUGACGACGGUUCGGUGAUCGUCACUAACUGUGACCCGCCGCCUAAUUGCUCGGUGCUCGUAGCCAUUAAUGUGUUUGUACGUCAUGAUGUCAUCGAGCACGAAUCGAAUGAUACAGCCCAGGAACCUGGCUUCGAUAUUGAUGAAAUUACACGGUGCGUUUGCCGAAGCCAUUACAUCGCCAAAAGCUUCUAUCGAUAAGCGCACACUUGAGAAGACAUGGAAACUGAUGGACAAGGUUGUGAAACUGUGUCAACAUUCCAAGAUGAACCUGAAGAAUUCGCCACCAUUCAUACUCGACAUACUGCCAGACACUUAUCAGCGGCUCAGGUUCAUUUACACACAAUAUGAAAAUGACCUUUCUGAAUUGUACAACAAUGAGCAUUUCAAUGUCUUCAUUUUGAAUGUGAUACGGAAAUGCAAACAAGCCAUCAAAUUGUUCAAAGAGGGCAAGGAGAAAAUGUAUGAUGAAAAUUCACAUUAUAGGAGAAAUUUGACAAAAUUGAGUUUAGUGUUCAGCCAUAUGCUCAGUGAGCUCAAAGCGCUAUUUCCAAACCAUAGAUUUGCUGGUGAUAAGUUUAGGAUAACCAAAAGUGAUGCUGCAGAAUUUUGGCGAUCUAAUUUUGGAAUGAGCACUGUAGUUCCUUGGAAGCUAUUUCGUAGUGCCCUUCAUGAUGUUCACCCAAUUGUCAGUGGAUUAGAAGCUAUGGCGCUCAAAUCAACAAUAGAUUUAACAUGUAAUGAUUACAUAUCAAAUUUUGAGUUUGAUGUUUUUACUAGAUUAUUUCAACCUUGGCCAACUUUACUAAGAAAUUGGAAGAUAUUAGCUGUUACACAUCCAGGAUAUGUUGCAUUUUUAACAUAUGAUGAAGUUAAAGCUCGUCUAGAAAAAUUUAUCACCCGCCCAGGGAGUUAUGUAUUUCGUCUAAGCUGCACGCGGCUAGGGCAAUGGGCCAUUGGUUAUGUGACAACUGAGGGUGAAAUAUUACAGACCAUUCCUCAAAAUAAAUCCUUAUGUCAAGCAUUAUUAGAUGGUGCACGUGAAGGAUUUUAUCUAUAUCCAGAUGGACAAAAAGGAAAUCCAGACUUAUCAAAUGCCGUGGAACAAAGUCCGGAAAAUCAUAUCAGAGUUACACAUGAGCAAUACGAAAUGUACUGUGAAAUGGGAUCUACUUUCCAGAUAUGUAAAAUAUGUACAGAAAAUGACAAGGACGUUCGCAUUGAGCCAUGUGGUCAUCUUUUGUGCACACCAUGUCUGAACUCUUGGAUGGAGUCCGAUGGCCAAGGCUGUCCAUAUUGUCGAGCCGAGAUAAAAGGUACAGAACAUGUUGUGGUGGACCCAUUUGACCCAAAAAGAGUUAAAUAUAAAAGUGUUCCCAUCAUGCCCAUCGUAGUACAACAUUCUGAUGAUGAAGAAGACGAUGAAGAUGAUGAGGUGGUGAAAUAACAUACAGUGUCGUCGUCUUCGGCGACAUUUUUCCAGCAAGGGAAGUAUAAUAGUAAUAAAUCGUAAUAAUUAAAGAAAAAAAAGUCAUCAAGACUAUUUUACUGUGAUAUCACUUUGUAGACUAAUUUUAAUUUGUCUGCAUUGAAUAUUUUGAUUUAAAUAUAACGUAACAUAAUUCCCAUUGGCAAUAUGUAUUGUCAAAUUGUCAAUAGGUAUUUAUUUUUUCCGUAUGUGAUAACUGAUAUGUCAAAUAAAAUAUUCGAAUAAAAUGUGAUAGCCAAUAAGAGAGUAAUAUAUACAUAUACACACACAUAUAUAUAUAUUAAUUAUAUUUUUAAAUUGAAUCAAUGACAGUAGGAUAAAAUGAAAUUGAGUAUAGUGAUUACAUUUUAAGGUACUAUGUGAUUGUGUGUUUUUUUACAUUAUAAAAUUUAUAUAUUUGCUCUAAUUAAUGUUUUGAACCCUAUGAUUUGAAAUCGAAUUUCAUAUUUAUUUUCAACAACUGCUAUGUAUUAAAAUGAUUUAUUUUUUAUUUAAAUGUAUUAUAUAGACACAUAUGUUAAUGAUACAUUAUAAAAUGUAUUAGAAUUAAAGAGAUUUCCUCAAUAAGGACAGCAAUACUAAUAUUUUUUUAUUCUUCCACUAUAAUAAUAUUUGUUUACUUUAAUUGUAUGGAAGUUUUUAUUUUUUAUAUAUGAUUAAGAUAUUUAAAAAUAUGACUGUAUAAUGUGACAAUCGGUUGUUAACUAUUAUUAUUUUUAUAAAGUUAUGUUGUCCCUUCCAGAAUAUAGAUGGUAAUUUUUACAUUCGUAAACAAAUGUAGUUUAAAAUAAAAAUAUGAUGUUUAAAUGUUUCGAUCCAUAAGGUUUUUAGUCAUUGGGUUCAUAGUAGAUUUAUGUAACGAUUGUAUUAUUAUUAUUCAUUGGUUUUAUAUGUUUAGAAGUUGAUUUCUAGUCUCCAAGCAAUCUAGUCUAGUUAAGAAAUUGUAUUUUUCGUUUCUCCUAUAUAUAUACAUAUAUAUAUAUAUAUAAAUAUUAUAUAUAUAUAUAUAUUAUAUAGGUAUAAUAGGUAUAUAUAAUAUAUAUGCAUAUCUCUUAACUAUAAAACAUUAAACCUUAAAACCUUUCUCGCAUAGUUAUAUUUUCUAAUUUUUUUUAUACUUAUAUGUAUUUGUAUUAUACCAUUAUAUUAUCUAAUUAAUUGUUUGAGUGUUGUACAUUUUCUUUGUAAUCUACCACGGUUUGGUUGAAAUCCAUACGCACUUUUCUGUUAAUAUGAUAAUAUUGUGUAGUGUUUAGUAGUUAUGUGUUUUCAAGAGUUAAAUUGUGAUCAAUAUUUUCUUAAUUUAUUUGUAUAAUAUUUUUAAUAUAUUUAAUCAAAAUAAUCAUUGAUAUAACACUUUACGUAUCAUUUUGUUAUAAAGAAGUUUAACCUAAUAUUUCUGUAACAAUCAAAUAUUUUACUCUAGAGUACACGGUAAUCAAUAUUUUCAUGUUUUAUUAUUAAUAUUUUUUUUUAAUGUGGUAGUAAAAUUUGAUUUUAAUUCCUUCUUUACAUACAUUGUAUACUUUAUGAUUUUUAAACAAAUAUUUCUAAUUUGACCAAAUGCACAUGUUAUUGUAUUAACAUUUACUUAUAAUAUGAUAUGUAUAUAAUAUUAAUGUUAUAUUUACAUUUUAAACUAUAGCAAUGCUAUACAGUAAAUAUUAAAAAUAUUAUAUAAUAUUUAUCAUUUAGAUUUUAAACACUUAUAAAAGCAAUAACAAGUACGAAAAUUAUUAUUAACUCUAAUUUUAAACAAAUUAAAUUAAUGUUUAUUUUAGGGGCCUUAAAUAUUAUUGUAAUAUUACGAAUACAGGGUAAUGUAGUCUGCAAGAAUUAUUUUCUAGAGAUGAAUUCCAAUAUUAUUAUUAUAAGUUGUAGAACAAUUUGUUGAUUAUUAUAUUUUUUUAUUGCCCAUGGUGGGCCAAUUGACAAUUAUUUUUAUUAUUAUUAUUUUAUCUUUAUUUUUUAUUGUAUGUCAAAAAUAAAACAUGUGUGAUUUCAUACUGUAUCAAUCUUUGAGCUUGAGUAAAAUAAGUAAAAUAAAUCAAUGUAUGUUAAUAUAAAUCACGUGAUUUGUGUAAUGUGUAAAUUAUAAGAAAUGCGUUUAAAAUAUAUACUGUAUUUUAGUAUUUAUUUUAUUCAUAUUCACUUUAGUUUGUAUUGCUAUCAUAAUUUUUGUAACAUAUUAUAUAUUUUUUUUAUUUGUAAAUAAACCAAAUAGCUAAUUAUUA